CCCGUGCGGCCCGUCCAGAGCCGGGGCGGCGGCGGCGAAGAUGGCGGCGGCGGACGGCGACGAUUCGCUCUAUCCCAUCGCCGUCCUCAUCGACGAGCUGCGCAACGAGGACGUGCAGCUGCGCCUCAACAGCAUCAAGAAGCUGUCGACCAUCGCCUUGGCUCUGGGGGUGGAGCGAACCCGCAGCGAGCUGCUGCCCUUCCUCACGGACACCAUCUACGAUGAGGACGAGGUGCUGCUGGCGCUGGCCGAGCAGCUCGGCACCUUCACCGCCCUCGUCGGGGGGCCCGAGUUCGUGCACUGCCUCCUGCCCCCCCUGGAGAGCCUGGCCACGGUGGAGGAGACGGUGGUGCGGGACAAGGCGGUGGAGUCGCUGCGGGCCGUGUCGCACGAGCACUCGCCGCCGGACCUGGAGGGACACUUCGUGCCGCUGGUGAAGCGCCUGGCGGGGGGCGACUGGUUCACGUCCCGCACCUCGGCCUGCGGCCUCUUCAGCGUCUGCUACCCGCGCGUGUCCAGCCCCGUCAAGGCCGAGCUGCGGCAGUACUUCCGCAACCUGUGCUCUGACGACACGCCGAUGGUGCGCCGCGCCGCCGCCUCCAAGCUGGGCGAGUUCGCCAAGGUGCUGGAGCUGGAGCACGUCAAGAGCGAGAUCAUCCCCAUGUUCUCCAACCUGGCCUCGGACGAGCAGGACUCGGUGCGGCUGCUGGCGGUGGAGGCGUGUGUGAGCAUCGCCCAGCUGCUGCCCCAGGAGGAACUGGAGGGACUGGUGAUGCCGACGCUGCGCCAGGCGGCCGAGGACAAGUCCUGGCGCGUGCGGUACAUGGUGGCCGACAAGUUCACCGAGCUCCAGUGCGCCGUUGGCCCCGAGAUCACCAAGAGCGACCUGGUGGGAGCGUUCCAGAGCCUGAUGAAGGACUGUGAGGCCGAGGUGCGAGCUGCAGCCUCACACAAGGUCAAAGAGUUCUGCGAGAACCUGUCCCCAGACUGCAGGGAGGCCGUCAUCAUGGGCCAGAUCCUGCCCUGCAUCAAGGAGCUGGUGUCGGACGCCAACCAGCACGUGAAGUCGGCGCUGGCCUCGGUCAUCAUGGGGCUGUCGCCCAUCCUGGGCAAGGACAACACGGUGGAGCAUCUGCUGCCGCUCUUCCUGGCGCAGCUCAAGGACGAGUGCCCCGAGGUGCGGCUGAACAUCAUCUCCAACCUGGACUGCGUGAACGAGGUGAUCGGCAUCCGGCAGCUCUCGCAGUCGCUGCUGCCGGCCAUCGUGGAGCUGGCCGAGGACGCCAAGUGGCGCGUGCGCCUCGCCAUCAUCGAGUACAUGCCGCUGCUGGCCGGGCAGCUGGGUGUGGAGUUCUUUGACGAGAAGCUGAACUCGCUGUGCAUGGCCUGGCUGGUGGACCAUGUUUACGCCAUCCGCGAGGCCGCCACCAGUAACCUGCGCAAGCUGGUGGAGCGCUUCGGGCAGGAUUGGGCCCAGAGCACCAUCGUGCCCAAGGUGCUGAACAUGGCUGCGGACCCCAACUACCUGCACAGGAUGACGACCCUGUUCUGCAUCAACGUGCUGUCGGAGGUGUGCGGGCCUGACGUGACGCGCGCCCAGCUGCUGCCCACGGCGCUGCGGAUGGCGUCUGACCCCGUGGCCAACGUUCGCUUCAACGUGGCCAAAUCCCUGCAGCGCAUCGGCCCCGUGCUGGACGGCGGGACGCUGCAGGCCGAGGUGAAGCCGGUGCUGGAGAAGCUGACGCAGGAUCAGGACGUGGACGUCAAGUACUUCGCCCAGGAGGCGCUGAGUGUGCUGUCUCUGGCCUGAGCCCCCCCCAGCCUGGCACCGGCCCCUCCCCCACCCCCGGAGCCCCCCCGCGGCCCCUCCCCCCGCAUUACAACGAGUCUGUUGAUUAAGCACAA